AAGCACUGGCGCAACACAUCGAUCUUUCCUAAACUCCCAAACGGUCAAAUCCAAACCCUCCAUUCAAAACCCUAAAAACCUCUCCUCCCUCUAAGAAGCGCGAAAAAUAAUUCAAUCAAAAUUCACAGGAGGAAGACAAAAACGCCAUUUCCUUUUGUUUCUCUUCUUCCGCUAGGGUUCUAGUGGAUCACCAUCAAUGGCGGCCGCCACAAAGUCCGUCGAUCGCUCUCUUUGGUGGGAGCCGUUCUCUUCUCUUCUCACCGACCUCGAGAAUGCCUCUCCUUCCGACGACCUCCCGGAACCCCUAGCGAAGAAGUUGAAAGAAAACCACGAUUGGUUCGUGGAGACAGUUGCUAGGUUUAAAUCGCCGAAUGAGAAGUCGAAGGAGGCUUUAAUGAGCUCUGAGCAAAUCAAGAUUGGUCCACAUGAGUUGACCGUGAAGCCUGAUUUCAGAGAUAAGGCUUUGCAAGUCAGCUCGUAUUUGUGUUUGGAUGAGGUGCAGUCGUACAUUCUCGUUGAUAGGUAUCUCGAGCGCGGAAAUGUUGCUGAGAAUUAUAUAGUUCAUGAUCCCAUUCAUGUGGUGUUGCUGCAGUAUUUUAUUGAGCGCCAGUGCUUGUUGAAGUGCACAAGGCAGAUCCUAAUGCAUGCUUUAUAUUUGGGAAAUAGCUUGAAAGAAGAGAGUUUGAUUAGGGAGGAAGCACUAAAGCUGAUUUAUGAUGGAUUGGAAGGAAAACUAAUAUCUGUCUUGGAAGUUCUCAUGUCUUGCAGUCAUCCCGAGCAGAUGGAUGUUGAUCUUUUCACCUUAUGGGCUGAGGAGACACUACUUGAAGACAACUUGGUUUUGGACAUUAUUUUUCUCAUUUAUUAUGAGUCACUUUGUACUUGUACUGCUGAAAGAUGGAAAAAUUUAUGCUUGCUUUAUAAGGUGACCUUGUCAGGGUCUUAUAACUUUGGAAAGCUAGCAAUAUCACCUGAAGCACUAUCUUCUUUUUAUCAAGCCAAAAUUCAGCUGUUACUUAUCCUCAUAGAAGCUCUGAACCUGGAAAAUCUUCUUCACAUGGUUCAUGAUGAAAUUCCUUUCAGGCAGGGAGCUUGUGGUUUUACCUUGACCGAUGUCCGAGAGAUUGAUGCUCUGAUGUCCGGCUUUGAUGUCUUUGAGAUGAGAGAAGGUGGCCCAUUGAUUCUUGCUUGGGCGGUUUUUCUUUGUCUGAUGUCAUCACUCCCUCAAAAAGAGGAAAGUAAUGAAUUCAUGGAGAUUGAUCAUGUUGGGUAUGUUCGCCAAGCUUUUGAAGCUUCAUCUUUGAGUUAUUUCCUUGAAAUCCUUCAAAGUGGCAUCUUGAAGGAAUCAGAUGGACCUGUUGCAGGUUAUCGAAGUGUCUUGAGAACUUUUAUUUCUGCAUUUAUUGCAUCUUAUGAAAUUAGUCUUCAGGAGGAGGAUGGUACCCUUAAUUUGAUACUGGGUAUUCUUUGCUAUGUUUAUCGAGGAGAGGAGUCACUUUGUAUUCAAUUUUGGGACAGAGCAAGUUUCACUGACGGUCCUAUUCGGUGCCUUCUCUGUAACUUAGAGGGUGAAUUCCCUUUUAGGACUGUAGAACUUCUACGACUUCUAUCAUCUCUAUGUGAGGGAAGUUGGCCUGCAGAAUGUGUGUAUAACUUUUUAGAUAAGUCCACUGGUAUAUCGUCUUUGUUUGACAUUACUAGUGAAUCCUUAUUGGAUAAUGUGUCUCAAAUUGUUGAAACUCAGCAUCCAGUUCCUAUUCCUGGGAUUGAUGGUUUGCACAUUCCUAGUAGAACUCAUGGGCACGUUCUGAAAGUAGUUGAUGGGAGAACUGCUCUUGUGCGCUGGGAGCAUACAAAAUCGGCCGUGUUUGUUCUGCUCCUUCGUUUGGCCCAGAUUCCAUACUUAGAAAACAAUGAAGAAGCAUUUCUUACCCUUGACCUACUCAGCCGAAUGGUGUCCUGCAACACGGCUGUAUGUUUUGCUUUGAUGGAUAGUUGCAACAUCUGUCAUCUCCAAGCAACUGGCAUGAACGGGCAGAUAGAAAAUAAUGUGUGGGUGGUUGAGAUCAUUAGCAAUAUCGUUAGAAAUUUGUCUCCUAAUCCUAGUGGUGCUGCAUUGAUGUCCAUGGCUUUUGUAAUAUUGGCAAAGAUGCUGAAAUGUUGCCCUUCUAAUGUUGCUGCAGUAGCCUUGAAAGCAAAUAUAUUUGAUGUGGCUUCAAAUUCAAGCACCUUCAACAUAGGUUGGAAUGGUCUAUCAAGUGGAUCAUGGUUGCUAUCUGGAAAGUUGGCAAAGAUGCUUUUAAUCGAUAGUGAGCAGAAUGAUUAUGACUGCCCAUUAACAAUAUCGGUGCUGGAUUUUACCAUGGAGCUUGUAAGGACUGGUGUAGAAGAUGAUAUUGUUGUGUCUUUAAUUGUGUUCUCCCUCCAGUAUAUUCUAGUUAAUCAUGAGUACUGGAAAUAUAAAGUGAAGAAUACUCGUUGGAAAGUAACAUUGAAGGUGCUGGAAGUGAUGAAAACGUGCAUUUUAGCAACAGCUUCCUCUGAAAAGCUGAGUGAUGUAAUACGGGAUUUGCUACUCGAUGAUUCUUCGAUCCACAACACUCUCUUUCGUAUAAUGUGUACAACUUCUGAAGCUUUGGAGAGACUUUAUCUCAACCGCCUCAUAGAAUUGGUCGAGAUUGAGGGUUUACAACUUGCUAUAAGUUCUGCUUUGGAUAUUUCAUAUGUGAUGCUUACCAAAAUCUCAAAGGAUAUGACAUCAAGCAUUCCAGCUUUUCACCAAGCUGUCCUCUCUUCAACAACCAAGCCCAUAUCUGUUAUUGCUGCUGUCAUAUCAUUGAUAUCCUUUUUUCGUGAUCUGGCGAUACAGGUUGCUGCUGCUAAACUACUGGCGAUAUUGUUGCAGAUGGCAGAGCCACAUCCUUUUAUAAAUUCAUGCUUCUGUCCCGAUGACAAGCGGAUGGCAGAUUUAAGGCUUUCUAUUAAUAGGAUUCUACUUGAACACCGGAUACUGAAUGAUGAUCUUUUUAUUGCCGUACUGAAUUUGCUUGCUUCUGCAGCUCGUUUCCAGCCUGCUUUCCUUCUUGCUAUUUUUGACACAAAGGAGGAUACAGCUGUUCAACUGGCUAAUAUUGGUGGUGUGAAGCAGACAACAAAUGAACCUUUGUCUGGUUCCCUGGGCUCUGAAACAUGUAGUCUUGUUAAUGCCAUUCUCCAAUUUGUUGAAAGCUCUAAUGAUGUUAUUAAUAGCAAUCCCUGCGUACUGCUGAAUGCACUUAACUUCUUAAAGGCACUGUGGCAUGGGGCUGGUCUGUAUACAACUAUUUUGGAGAGGCUGAAGAGCUCUGACAAGUUCUGGAAGCAAUUAUCGAACUCUAUCUUUCAAAGUGCUGCCUUGGAAGUUCCUGUGCUCAAAAGCAUAAAAGAAUCAGAGGCUUCACUCCUGGGACACAAAUAUCGAUGUCAAUCUGCUAUUUUGGAAACAAUGGCAUAUGAUGUGUUCUUGAUGAAAAAGUUGUUAUAUGCUGAAUCACUUGUCAAGGAUCCCUCUGAAUCAAAUAAGAAGAUUGAAGCUGAUAAUAAUGUUAUGAAGAGUAUCUUGUCAAAUUGGUGUAACAGUUCUGUUCUUGGAAGCUUGAUCAAAUCAUAUACAUCUUGUAAAUAUGACAAUGAAAUAUAUUUUCAUGCAAAGGUCGCAUUGAGUUUACUCACUGUGCACAUAAUGGGAAAACUAGUAGCUGGUGAUGCUGGAAGUUUGUCUGUAUCCUUAGUGGAGAAGAUUCGCCAUGUGUAUAAAAAGUUGACUGUUCAGCCUGCUUUUUCCGAAUUACUGGCUCAGUACUCACUGCGUGGUUACAGUGAAGGGAAGGAGCUGAAAGCUUUAAUAAUGAGUGAUCUCUAUUAUCAUCUGCAAGGAGAGCUUGAAGGCCGUAAAAUGAGUGCUGGACCCUUUAAAGAACUCUCCCAGUUUCUGAUAGAGUCAAAGAUAGUGAAGAUUUAUGAGAACAAGUGCAGUCUUGAUCUUUUUUUAAAUGCUGAUGAUGUCCAUGUGUUUGAUCUUGGACGCAUACAAGCAGAUUUGGGAUUAGAUAUGUGGGAUUAUUCUGAAUGGAGAACAUCUAAAGGAAUUGCAGAAACAAUGCUGAGCUGCAUGCAGAAAGCAAACUCAAUGGUGUUGAUUGGAAAUUCGAAGCUUUCUUCACUGAAAGCAUUAAUUACCGUCUUAACCGUGUAUGAGGACAGUUUGCUGGAAAAAAUGACUGAGGUUGGAGGGAAGAUUCCUGAUCAGCUGAUUUUUUCAUGCAUGGAACAUAUAUGCCGAAGUUUCCUUGACACUUUAGAACCUUUGUCUCGAGUCCCUGAUGUUUCUGAAGAUGUCCUUGAUUUCCUCACUUCACAGGCAGAUUUGCUUCUUCAUCUCACAAGAUCUGUGCGGAAAAGCCUGUCCAUGUCUGUUUGUCUUCUCCUCUUGAAGACUUCAGGCACUGGUCUUAAAAUGCUAAAUGACCUUAGAACGAUAGUUAGUGGGGUGAAUAACACAAUGAAGCUUUUGAUAAUGUUGAUUCUAUUGUCAAUGGAGUUCUGCUGGCUUGAUUCCCAUAUAUCUGGUGUGAAAGACAAAGAAUCUAUUGAAGGGUUUGCUGAGAUUUCUAAUGUGAGCCUCGGUCUGUUACCCAUCUUGUGCAACUGUGUUACUGUUGCUGAAUGUCAUUCCCUCUGCCUGACUGCUUUGGACUUGACACUAAAAGGUUUUUUGACACCUGAUACUUGGUUUCCCAUCAUCCAUAAACAUCUCCAGUUACAACAUGUUGUUCUGAAACUUCAAGAUAAGAAUUCUUUUGGAUCAGUUCCCGUUCUUUUGAAGUUCUUCUUGACCAUUGCGCGUGUAAGAGGAGGUGCCGAAAUGCUUCUUAAUGCUGGUUUUUUCUCGUCUCUCAAACUUUUAUUUGCUGACAUGUCAGAUGGUCGGGUUUCCUCUGUUAUUAAUUCUGGCAAAAAACUCUCCACUUUAUCUGACAAAAUAGAGAAGCCUCAACUCAUUUGGGGACUUGGCUUAGCUGUCAUCACAGCGAUGGUUCAUUCUUUAGGAGACAGUUCUUUGAGUAUUGAUAUUGUGGCCAAUGUGAUACCAUACUUAUUUUCUGAGAAAGCCCAUCUUAUUUCUUAUUUUCUCAGUGCACCAGAUUUUCCAUCUGAUGAUCAUGACAAGAAAAGACCACGUGCACAAAGGACUUGGACUUCUCUUUCUAAACUAAUGGAGACUGAGCAAACUCUCAUGCUAAUGUGCGUCUUGGCACAACAUUGGAAUACUUGGGUUAAGGCUAUGAAGGAUACAGAUUCACAGUUAAGAGAGAUGAGUAUUCAUCUCCUGGCCUUUAUUAGCCGUGGAAACCAGCGCCUCGGAGAGGCUCCUAGCCGGAUUCCGCCUCUCAUAUGCCCUCCUAUUCUGAAGGACGAGCUUGAUUGCUGCAAUAAACCUUCAUUUGUAAACAGCAAAAAUGGAUGGUUUGCUCUUUCACCCCUUGGUUGCAUCUCAAAGCCGAAAUUUUCUGGGAUAUCAACAACUGCUCUUGUUAUCAAAGAUCAAGCAACUGAAAGUAACAACUAUGUUUCACAAACAUACUUCUCAGACUCAGUUGCCAUUCAGAUAUACCGGAUUGCAUUUCUUUUAUUGAAAUUUCUCUGUUUACAAGCUGAGGGUGCUGCUAAACGGGCUGAAGAGUUGGGAUAUGUUGAUCUUGCUCAUUUUCCAGAACUUCCAAUGCCUGAGAUUUUACACGGGAUACAGGACCAAGCAAUUGCUAUCGUCACGGAAUUAUGUGAGACUAACAGAUCUAAGCAGAUUCAGUCAGAGGUCCAGCAAGUCUGUCUCCUACUGCUUCAAACAAUUGAAAUGGCCUUGUACUUGGAACUUUGUGUCUUACAGAUUUGUGGAAUAAAACCUAUGCUAGGUCGUGUGGAGGACGUUUCAAAGGAAGUCAAACUAUUGAUGAAAGCUACGGAGGGGCAUGCUUUUCUCAAAGGAUCAAUGAAGUCCCUGAGUCAGAUAAUAUCACUUGUGUAUCCUGGUUUGCCAUAAACCAAGUAUAUGGGUGGUGUUUUUUCAAGGACGCAACGGACCUUUGUAGGCUUUUAGAAUGUGAUGAGAGAACUCUGUAGAUAUUCCGAAUGUUGCCAUGACGAUGAUGUUGAGCUGUUGAGGGUGGAUUAAUUUGGCUGGGUCCCCCUUCAAGCGUGUACAACCAGAGCUGGUUUAAAACGUGGGAUUAUGAAAUGGUUUCCAGAGCAGCACAAAACUUCAUCGUGAGUCGGUGGAUACUUGUGAAUAGGAUUGGUUUUAUCUGUUUUCUAAUGCAAAUUAAAUGCGAUUUUCCGCUUUAUUUAUUAAUCUGUAAUGGCGAAGACUGCGAUGAGCGGUAGAAUCUCUACUAAAAGAAAGCGGACCGUACAAGGCAAAGUGGAUUAUCCCAACAAUUUUACUUUUAGGCUCUGUUUCGUUUCUAAAA